AGGAGAUUACAACCUAUCGGUCACUGGCGUUUACGAGUUUAACAACUACAUCCCCAAGGAUAUACAAGAGAUGGAGAAGAUCGUUGCUGACACCUACAGGAGGACUAGAGUCUACGUGUUCGUUGGAGAGCAUAUCGCUUUGGUGGACUUUGUAAGGUGUCUACAGCAGCGUAGACUGCUGGAACAGGGAGACUACGUAGUUAUAUCAGUGGACGACGAGAUAUACGACCCUGACCACAAGCGUAGCAUCGUGCAACGCGAAUACUUGGACCCGUUUAUCCACCAGGGGGGUGCCGAGCUGAAGGGGUUCCGUUCCGUGCUCAAGUUGACCCCGUCCCACCCCAGGAACCCCCGCUAUAAAGAAAUAUGUGAAGAAGUCAAGAAACAAUCCACACUGCCGCCAUUUUGUGUUCCGUACCAUAACAAGAUAUUUGACAGCAUAUCAGUCCCUAUCCACGCCGCUCACCUCUACGAUGCAGUCAUGAUCUACGCUCGAGCCCUAACAGAGAUCUUCCAUAACGGCGAGGACCCGAGGAACGGAUCUGCUAUCCUUCAGCACAUCCUUAACCGCUCGUACCACUCCGUCCAGGGCCAUGACGUGUACAUUGAUGGAAAUGGAGAUGCCGAGGGCAACUUUAGCGUGGUGGCGCUGCUCGAUGACGAAGCAGUCAAUGGCAGUCUGCGCAUGAGCAUGCAGCCUGUGGGCUACUUCCAGUACUCUUCCGACAGCAGAGUCAUUCCUAAGUUCCGGUAUUAUGACGAGGGCCGCCCCAUCCAGUGGGUCAGUGGACGGCAGCCCCCGGCCGAGCCUCUUUGCGGAUUCGAAGAUGAGCGCUGCGGUUACAACUGGAAGGAGAUAAUGACCGCAACCGCAGUCGCAGCGCUAGGCGUAGUCGCUGCCGCAUUAGCCUUCAAGCACUACAGGUACGAGCAGAAGCUGGCUUGUCUGCUGUGGAAGAUCGACUUGAGAGAAGUAACGAUCAUCCCGACCUCAGACAACUGUGGGAGAGCAGCUGCCAGCAUGGUAUGUCGGCACGGCGUGCUGCCCAGCCUGGUGCCAGAGGUGAGCCCGAAGCGCGCCUACACCCACAUCGGCCUGUACAAGGGCAGCAUCGUAGCCAUCAAACCUAUCCACAAGCGCAGCCUUGACAUCACUCGCAGCAUCCGCAAAGAGUUGAAACAGAUCCGAGAGGUCCGUCACGAGAACAUUAUAACUUUCAUCGGCGCCUGUGUGGACGCUGGGAACCUCUGCCUCCUGACGACCUACUGUGCGCGGGGGAGCCUGGAGGACGUCUUGGCCAACGAAGACCUCCACCUGGAUACUAUGUUCGUGUCCUCUCUGGUGGCGGACCUCAUAAAGGGAAUGAUCUAUCUUCACGACAGUGACAUCGUGUCGCACGGCAACCUGAGGUCGAGCAACUGUGUUGUGGACAGCCGCUGGAUCCUCCAGAUCACCGACUUCGGUCUGCACGAGUUCAAAGCGGGCCAGGACGAGCCCAAUGCAGAAGAGAGACAGCUGAAGAGGAUGCUUGUGAGAGCUCCUGAACUCCUCAGGAACCCCCAGAGUCCUCCGAGGGGGUCACAGAAGGGAGACGUGUACUCUUUCGCCUUCAUUCUGUACGCGGUCGUUUCCAGGAGAGGUCCAUGGGGAGACAUCGGACUCUGUAGUAGAGAGAUCGUGGCUCGAGUGAAGCAUGGAACUCACCUCCGUCCCGACACCUCCUGCCUUGAAGUAACCGAUUCUGUGGUCCGCUGUAUGCGAAUCUGCUGGGACGAGGAUCCGGAGAACAGACCGGACUUCCGGUUCGUCCGAGUGAAAUUGAAGGAAAUGCAAGCAGGCUUGAAACCUAAUAUUUUCGACAACAUGUUGGCGAUCAUGGAGAAGUACGCCUACAAUCUGGAGGGUCUUGUCCAGGAGAGGACCAAUCAGCUGACAGAAGAAAAGAAAAAGACUGACGCACUACUCAACCGGAUGUUGCCCAAGACAGUUGCUGAAGCACUCAAGAGGGGAGAUCCUGUUGAGGCCGAGAGUUUCCAAUGUGUCACCAUCUACUUCAGUGACAUCGUGGGCUUUACCGAGCUGUCUGCCGUCAGUACACCUCUUCAGGUUGUGGACUUGCUGAACGACCUGUACACUUGCUGCGACUCCAUCAUAUCUCACUACGACGUAUACAAGGUGGAGACGAUAGGUGACGCAUACAUGGUGGUGAGUGGUCUCCCUGUCAGGAACGGAGACAGACAUGCUGGAGAGAUAGCCUCCAUGGCUCUCCAUAUGCUGAGUCAAAUGCAGCGGUUUGAUAUCCGGCACCGACCUGGGGAACCUCUUCGACUCCGGAUAGGUAUCCAUUCUGGCCACUGCGUUGCCGGAGUAGUCGGGUUGAAGAUGCCACGGUACUGCCUCUUCGGGGAUACGGUGAACACUGCUUCCCGUAUGGAGAGUUCUGGAGAGCCGUUCCGUAUCCACAUCUCCCACAGCACUGCUGACCUGUUGCAGAGAUUGGGCGGGUACAUCGUUGAGGAGAGAGGACUCACCAUGAUCAAGGGGAAGGGAGAGAUGCUGACGUAUUGGCUGGUCGGUGAGGACCCAGCCAAGCGAUUGGAGCGUCUUCAAGCCGUCUUGGUUAGCGGGAUCAGCAACGAACGAAUAAGUGAAACUCCAGAUCUGCUGAGGAGGCCCACGGGCACAGAACUACUCCCGGAGGCUGCUGACGCCACUGUGGCCAGACUUCUCCACCAGCUGCACCUUCGGGCGGUCAGGUCCUAUUCCAACCAUAAGAGUCAGGAGGCUCUCUCUCGGCCGAGCGCCAGCACAAAGGUCAGAGGUCAUUGCUCAGCUCCCAUCAUUUCCUUUAAAGACACCAGUUUUGUAUAACCUCGAGUACAACAUAAUUCAGCACAUGUUACACGUCCAAUUUCUGUGAUAGAUGUUAUAUUUGUGAUAUACUUAUUUAUUUCGAUAUAUUUACAUAUAUUUAUUUUUACUCGCUGUAAUAAAACUG